AUGUCCAAUGAACUACCAGAUUUCAUUUCAAUAUAUGACAAUAGCGAAGCUGCACAUCUUGUCUAUCUUUCGGAUAGUGUAGUGGAUGCUAUUGGAUGGACGCCCGAGGAACUAGUAGGCAAGCGUGGAUUUGACUAUUUUCACCCAAACGAGAUCCCGUCAUUGGCUCGGGUGCAUGCCGCCAGCGUGAUGAAUGAGAAAUUGUCGAGCAUGGUGCGUUACCACACGCGACACAAGGAUGGCCAUUACGUGGAGGUGGAGACAGUGGUGCAUUACUGCUACGAUGUGAUUGUGUGCACCAACUUUGUAUACGAUGCGAAUGACACUGGACACAAGAUACGAAGCACGAUGGCUGACGAAGUAUGGUCAGUGGAUAUGAAUGGCACUGUGCAACUUGCUGGCAGCUGGGGCGACAAUCAAGAACGUGUACGGCAAACAUUGGAAAGCAGCGAACAAUGGAUUCAGGAACAGCAGCUGAAAACGAAGCAAGAACCAAGAUUCUGCAUGAUCCUUAAUCGCUUCACGUGUGAUUCGACGAUUGUGUUUGUCUCGCAAAUGGCUGAACGUAUUGUGGGUCUCGAUUGUGAGCGUGCUCUCGGGAAAUCAUUAUUGAACUUUGUUUGUGAGCGGGAUGUGGACACUGUACAGGCUCAGCUGGAUCUCAUCAAAAGCAGCGGCAUGAUUAUGCGCCUUCGUUUCGACUGGGUCAUCGAUGACAAUGGUUCUUCAACAACUCAAGCCGUAGAAGCAAUUGCUUCUUCUACAAAUGAUGGUCUCGCUGUCGUCUUUCGUCUUGCUCCACGUGUAACUAUCAACUAA